ACCCUGGGCCAGUGGAAGGAGUCCCUGCCAUGGCAGGGGUGGGAUGGGAUGGGCUUUGAGGUCCCUUCCAGCCCAGAGCAUUCCCUGCCUGUGCCUGGUCCUGCCCCGCUGGAUCCCGCUGCUCUCCCGCUCCUUCCCGCAGUUCACAGCCAAGCAGCUGGAGAAGCUCUCCAAGAAAGCUGAGAAGGACUCCAAGGCCGAGCAAGCCAAAGUCAAGAAGGCCCUGCAGCAGAAGAACGUGGAGUGUGCCCGGGUUUAUGCUGAGAACGCCAUCCGCAAGAAGAACGAGGGCCUCAACUGGCUGCGGAUGGCGUCCCGGGUGGACGCCGUGGCCUCCAAGGUGCAGACAGCCGUCACCAUGAAGGGGGUGACAAAAAACAUGGCGCAGGUGACCAAGGCUCUGGACAAGGCCCUGAGCUCCAUGGACCUGCAGAAGGUGUCGGCAGUGAUGGAUAAAUUUGAGCAGCAGGUGCAGAAUUUGGAUGUUCACACGUCGGUCAUGGAGGACUCCAUGAGCUCGGCCACCACGCUGAGCACGCCACAGGAGCAGGUGGACAGCCUGAUCGUCCAGAUCGCUGAGGAGAACGGGCUGGAGAUCAUGGACCAGCUCAACCAGCUGCCCGAGGGGGCCUCGGCCGUGGGGGAGAGCUCUGUCCGCUCCCAGGAGGACCAGCUGUCCCGGAGGUUGGCUGCCCUGCGGAACUGAGCUCUCCCGUGGACGGCAGCGGUGGAGCCGGGACCCCCUCCCGCAGCCCCGGCCCCGCCGCCCCCGCAGCACGUCCCCAGCCCCCCCUGCCUCGGGACUCCUCGGGGGUGGCAGCUCCUCCCUGAGCCGGCAGCAAUCCCAGCCCGGCCGAGGAACGCUGUGCUGGAUUGUGGGGGGCUCAGUCUGGGGGUGCUGCUGGUGGUGCAGCAGAGCCCCGGAUCCUGCUGCUGACGGAACACUAAGGGGAUUUUCCUGGGCUCUGGAUGCUGCUCCCCAACUCCUCUGUUGUUCCCUGUCCCUGCCCAGAGCUGAGCUGUGGGCCGAGUUCCUCGGGAGCUGUUUGGGAGGAGCAGGAGAAGCCGCGGGCAGGGCUCUGUGCCCGGCUGUGCAUCUGGGGAGGUCGGUGCCUUGCAGGAAGGGGCGGUGGCAGCGGGUGUCCCCUCCCUCGCUGUCACUGUCCCUGUGCCCUUUGCUGCUCCGUGUCCCGCCGGGCCGACACCCCCAGCCCGGUACCACGAAGUGCCCUUUGGAACGCCCCCCGCCCAGCCCUGUGCGUGUCGAUCCACACAUUCCCCAAGCGCUGCCAGCUGGAAAUGGUUAUCCCGGCGCUGACCGCCAGUUUGGACCAGUGAGGACCCGUGUCCAGCACUGGGAGCGGAUUGCAGCAGCUGCGGUGGCUGCAGCCACGUCCCCAAAUGUCCCCCUGCUGGGUGGGUGUGACAGGGAACGCAAAACCAUCCCGGGAGCAGCUCUGUCUCCAUCCCUGCGCCUCAUCCCUGGGUACCCUCUGUCCCCUCGCUGCUGGCACCGGGCUGGGGGCGGGGGCUGCGCUCCGUGUCCCCUCCCGCUGCUCGUCCCUGUCCCUUGUCACCUUCCCUCGGGGCUGGAGCUGUUCGUGCCCCUCCCGCGCCAUCCCCGGCCCCGCGGGGCUGCUCGAUUGCUGGAAGCUCUCCGGGAAGGAAGCGCCGUUUCCUUUGGGUCUCCCAGGAGGAGCUUUCACCUCUGGGGGAAUGUCACGGGGGCCGUCUCCCCUGCACAAACGCUUCCCGCUGCGUUGAUUAUUUUUCCUGAGUUCAGUGGCCUUGGAGCGUGUGGCUGGUGACACAGAGCCUUCCUUGCCGCCGAGGAGGAGGAGGGGGCUUUGGGCUACAGCGGAGCAUUGGAUCUUGUGCCAGCUCCUGAUGGGCCGGGCGGGAAGCCGGGGGGCCCUGGGGGUUUGUGCCUGGCUCCCUGCGUGGUGUCCCCGUGGCGCUGGGGGCUCCAGCCCUGCCCCCUGUCCCUCUCCCCGGGCUGUCUCUGGGUGGUUUCAUUUGGGUUGGUUUUUUUUUUUAAGCUCGUCUUUUUUGCCUUCUUUUUCCCCGAACGGUGUCCGUGCCCUUCUGUGUGUUUAAAUAAACAAUCUCUGAACA